GUGUCCUGUGCUCAAGUGUAAACGGGGGAUCAAAUGAUAAGAAUUUUUUUAAUCGUGAUUGAACCUAAGCCCAUUCAGGUUAGAGUUGUUAAGUGUAAACACACCGAUAGAGAACAGAUCGUAAUACUUCAUUUCAUUUUGUGUUUUCAGGACUGCCUUAUCCUGGUGAAAACCAAGGAACAACGAUGGACUGUGUUUACAUUAAACAGGAGGAGGUUCUGGAAUUGGUCCCUAUCUGCAUUAAACAGGAGAUGCCUGAACUGGAGCCUGUCCACAUUAAAGAAGAGACCGAACUGGAGCCUGUCCACAUUAAAAAGGAAAAGACUGAACUGGAGCCUGUCCACAUGAAAGAAGAAGAGACUGAACUGGAGCCUGUCCACAUCAAAAAGGAAAAGACUGAACUGGAGCCUGUCCACAUGAAAGAAGAGACUGAACUAGAGCCUGUCCACAUGAAAGAAGAAGAGACUGAACUGGAGCCUGUCCACAUGAAAGAAGAGACUGAACUAGAGCCUGUCCACAUUAAAGAAGAGACUGAACUGCAAUCUGUCCACAUUGAAGAGGAGUCUGUUGACUUGUUUAAGGAUUCAGAAAACAUAUACCAGCCAAGGAUAUCACAUCAGUAUACUGAAUGUAGGAAGAGCUUCAUUCAGUUAGGAAGCCUAAAAGCACACCAGCAAAUUCACACUGGAGAGAAGCCGUAUCACUGUAGUGAAUGUGGGGAGAGCUUCACUCAGUUAGGAAGCCUAAAAACACACCACCGAAUUCACACUGGAGAGAAGCCUUAUCACUGUGCUGAAUGUGGGGAGAGUUUCAGUCGGUCAGGAACCCUACAAAGACACCAGCGAAUUCACACUGGAGAGAAGCCGUAUCACUGUAGUGAAUGUGGGGAGAGCUUCAGUCAGUUAGGAAGUCUAAAAGUACACCAGCGAAUUCACACUGGAGAGAAGCCGAAUCACUGUCAUGAAUGUAUGGAGAGCUUCAGUCAGUUAGGAAACCUAAAAAGACACCAACGAAUUCACACUGGAGAGAAACCGUAUCACUGUUUUGAAUGUGGGAAAAGCUUCACUGACAAAGGAACACUAAACAAACACCAGCGAAUUCACACUGGAGAGAAGCCGUAUCAAUGUACUGAAUGCGGAGAGAGCUUCGGUCGCUUAGGCAGCCUAAAGAAACACCAGAGAAUUCACGCCGGAGCCAGCCACCCCCCCUCCCAGUCCCUCACCUCUCCACCCUGCUUGUUUGAGUGCGUGGAGAGCUGUCUGAUUCCUUGUGUCUCUCUCACCCUACAGUAAAUGAAGGGGGUCCCCAGGAGUGAGAGCCAGCCUGAAUCCAGAGACACUGAGAAGGGGAGCGUGUCAAACUGAAGGAGACAGACCCAUUCUUUCAGAAUGAACUGGAGAGCCCUGGGAUUCAGCUCCACUCCUGCCCCUGAAUUGGAAAUGAAACUCACUCAUCAUGCUGUGAGGAUUUAGGACAGAGUUACAAUUAUUUGUUUCAGGGAUGGAAAUAAGACUUCAAUUGCAUAGCAGUUUGAUCAGUUUGUUACCUGUACACUGUGGCUAAUCAAGCUGCCAGUGAAACCUGGAAUGGGCAAAACUGCUAUGCAAUAGGAGUCUUAUUUCCAUCCCUGCUUUGUUUUAUUUCAAGUGGUGCAAACUUUGCACUGGAUCAAAAGCUGUUUUGGUUUUGAAUGGAUUUGAGUGAAUGAAUCUGCUCUGCUUAGUGUUUAAAUACUGAGAAACUCCAAGCUUGUUGUAUACUGGAGUCCUGUUUCAGUGCAAUGGGAUUGAAAUACAAUUCCUAUCGUUUAAUGGGUAGAUUGCUGUGUGUGCAAUUAUUAUGACAGACCCACAAUAUUAGAACUGUAUAAAUAUACUGUAAAACAUGAAAGGUUUGCAAACAAAUUUUGCAUGCAUUACUAAUCUGCAAAAACAUACAUGCUGCAACAUUACCAGUAUUACUACAUUCAUAGUUUGUAAAGUUUAUGAAUAAUUGAUCUAAACAAUCUGCAGGAUGAAGUUGCCUCAGACUGGUUGACUGUAACAGAGCUGGUGCUUUUGUGGAAUCACCAUUAGCUGCUUAUUCCUUUUGGACAAAAUAUGGCUUGUUUGCUUGUAUUUUGUAUCAGUAUGAUAUCAUUAGAGUGACAAUGCAGUACAUCCAAAGGCAGGCUUAGUUAUUUAGAAAGGAUUUCAUUGACAUUGAGUUUGAGUUCCUGUAUGUUUUCCAGUAUCUGUGUGUAUAAAGGGCACAUUAUUAUGUUUCCAUUACCUCUGUAAUGUAAAAGGUUUGUCAUUGUUUAAACUGUCAAUGAUUCCUGAGAUACAGAUCUGCAGUGGAACUGAACAAACCCAAGGGAGACAUUGAAAAAUACAAGCUUGUCAAAGGGGGAGAUGCUGCUGCAGGUUUGAUAAUAUUGGCUUCAUGAAAUGAGAAAUGGAAUUCCUUUGCUAGUGUCUCAUGAUGUAAGCCCUGGAGUGUGGGCUCAGUCUUCAUGAAAUGAGAAAUGGAAUUCCCUCUGUGUCCUGGAAUUCCUUUGCUAGUGUAUCAUGAUGUAAGCUCUGGAGUGUGGGCUCAGUCUUCAUGAAAUGAGAAAUGGAAUUCCUUUGCUAGUGUCUCAUGAUGUAAGCCCUGGAGUGUGGGCUCAGUCUUCAUGAAAUGAGAAAUGGAAUUCCUUUGCUAGUGUAUCAUGAUGUAAGCUCUGGAGUGUUGGCUCAGUCUUCAUGAAAUGAGAAAUGGAAUUCCUUUGCUAGUGUCUCAUGAUGUAAGCCCUGGAGUGUGGGCUCAGUCUUCAUGAAAUGAGAAAUGGAAUUCCUUUGCUAGUGUCUCAUGAUGUAAGCCCUGGAGUGUGGGCUCAGUCUUCAUGAAAUGAGAAAUGGAAUUCCUUUGCUAGUGUCUCAUGAUGUCAGCUCUGGAGUGUGGGCUCAGUCUUCAUGAAAUGAGAAAUGGAAUUCCUUUGCUAGUGUCUCAUGAUGUAAGCCCUGGAGUGUGGGCUCAGUCUUCAUGAAAUGAGAAAUGGAAUUCCUUUGCUAGUGUCUCAUGAUGUAAGCCCUGGAGUGUGGGCUCAUUCUUCAUGAAAUGAGAAAUGGAGUUCCUUUGCUAGUGUCUCAUGAUGUAAGCCCUGGAGUGUGGGCUCAGUCUUCAUGAAAUGAGAAAUGGAGUUCCUUUGCUAGUGUCUCAUGAUGUAAGCCCUGGAGUGUGGGCUCAGUCUUCAUGAAAUGAGAAAUGGAAUUCCUUUGCUAGUGUCUCAUGAUGUAAGCCCUGGAGUGUGGGCUCAGUCUUCAUGAAAUGAGAAAUGGAAUUCCUUUGCUAGUGUCUCAUGAUGUAAGCCCUGGAGUGUGGGCUCAGUCUUCAUGAAAUGAGAAAUGGAAUUCCUUUGCUAGUGUCUCAUGAUGUAAGCCCUGGAGUGUGGGCUCAGUCUUCAUGAAAUGAGAAAUGGAAUUCCUUUGCUAGUGUCUCAUGAUGUAAGCCCUGGAGUGUGGGCUCAGUCUUCAUGAAAUGAGAAAUGGAAUUCCUUUGCUAGUGUCUCAUGAUGUAAGCCCUGGAGUGUGGGCUCAGUCUUCAUGAAAUGAGAAAUGGAAUUCCUUUGCUAGUGUCUCACGAUGUCAGCCCUGGAGUGUGGGCUCAGUCUUCAUGAAAUGAGAAAUGGAAUUCCUUUGCUAGUGUCUCAUGAUGUCAGCCCUGGAGUGUGGGCUCAGUCUUCAUGAAAUGAGAAAUGGAAUUCCUUUGCUAGUGUCUCAUGAUGUAAGCCCUGGAGUGUGGGCUCAGUCUUCAUUAAAUGAGAAAUGGAAUUCCUUUGCUAGUGUCUCAUGAUGUAAGCUCUGGAGUGUGGGCUCAGUCUUCAUGAAAUGAGAAAUGGAAUUCCUUUGCUAGUGUCUCAUGAUGUAAGCCCUGGAGUGUGGGCUCAGUCUUCAUGAAAUGAGAAAUGGAAUUCCUUUGCUAGUGUAUCAUGAUGUAAGCCCUGGAGUGUGGGCUCAGUCUUCAUGAAAUGAGAAAUGGAAUUCCUUUGCUAGUGUCUCAUGAUGUAAGCCCUGGAGUGUGGGCUCAGUCUUCAUGAAAUGAGAAAUGGGAUUCCUUUGCUAGUGUCUCAUGAUGUAAGCUCUGGAGUGUGUGCUCAGUCUUCAUGAAAUGAGAAAUGGGAUUCCCUCUGUAUCAUGGAAUUCCUUUGCUAUUGUAUCAUGAUGUAAGCUCUGGAGUGUGGGCUCAGUCUUCAUGAAAUGAGAAAUGGAAUUCCUUUGCUAGUGUCUCAUGAUGUAAGCCCUGGAGUGUGGGCUCAGUCUUCAUGAAAUGAGAAAUGGAAUUCCUUUGCUAGUGUAUCAUGAUGUAAGCCCUGGAGUGUGGGCUCAGUCUUCAUGAAAUGAGAAAUGGAAUUCCUUUGCUAGUGUCUCAUGAUGUAAGCCCUGGAGUGUGGGCUCAGUCUUCAUGAAAUGAGAAAUGGAAUUCCUUUGCUAGUGUCUCAUGAUGUAAGCCCUGGAGUGUGGGCUCAGUCUUCAUGAAAUGAGAAAUGGAAUUCCUUUGCUAGUGUCUCAUGAUGUAAGCCCUGGAGUGUGGGCUCAGUCUUCAUGAAAUGAGAAAUGGAAUUCCUUUGCUAGUGUCUCAUGAUGUAAGCCCUGGAGUGUGGGCUCAGUCUUCAUGAAAUGAGAAAUGGAAUUCCUUUGCUAGUGUCUCAUGAUGUAAGCUCUGGAGUGUGGGCUCAGUCUUCAUGAAAUGAGAAAUGGAAUUCCUUUGCUAGUGUCUCAUGAUGUAAGCCCUGGAGUGUGGGCUCAGUCUUCAUGAAAUGAGAAAUGGAAUUCCUUUGCUAGUGUCUCAUGAUGUAAGCCCUGGAGUGUGGGCUCAGUCUUCAUGAAAUGAGAAAUGGAAUUCCUUUGCUAGUGUCUCAUGAUGUAAGCCCUGGAGUGUGGGCUCAGUCUUCAUGAAAUGAGAAAUGGAAUUCCUUUGCUAGUGUCUCAUGAUGUAAGCCCUGGAGUGUGGGCUCAGUCUUCAUGAAAUGAGAAAUGGAAUUCCUUUGCUAGUGUCUCAUGAUGUAAGCUCUGGAGUGUGGGCUCAGUCUUCAUGAAAUGAGAAAUGGAAUUCCUUUGCUAGUGUCUCAUGAUGUAAGCCCUGGAGUGUGGGCUCAGUCUUCAUGAAAUGAGAAAUGGAAUUCCUUUGCUAGUGUAUCAUGAUGUAAGCCCUGGAGUGUGGGCUCAGUCUUCAUGAAAUGAGAAAUGGAAUUCCUUUGCUAGUGUCUCAUGAUGUAAGCCCUGGAGUGUGGGCUCAGUCUUCAUGAAAUGAGAAAUGGGAUUCCUUUGCUAGUGUCUCAUGAUGUAAGCUCUGGAGUGUGUGCUCAGUCUUCAUGAAAUGAGAAAUGGGAUUCCCUCUGUAUCAUGGAAUUCCUUUGCUAGUGUAUCAUGAUGUAAGCUCUGGAGUGUGGGCUCAGUCUUCAUGAAAUGAGAAAUGGAAUUCCUUUGCUAGUGUCUCAUGAUGUAAGCCCUGGAGUGUGGGCUCAGUCUUCAUGAAAUGAGAAAUGGAAUUCCUUUGCUAGUGUAUCAUGAUGUAAGCCCUGGAGUGUGGGCUCAGUCUUCAUGAAAUGAGAAAUGGAAUUCCUUUGCUAGUGUCUCAUGAUGUAAGCCCUGGAGUGUGGGCUCAGUCUUCAUGAAAUGAGAAAUGGAAUUCCUUUGCUAGUGUCUCAUGAUGUAAGCCCUGGAGUGUGGGCUCAGUCUUCAUGAAAUGAGAAAUGGAAUUCCUUUGCUAGUGUUUCAUGAUGUAAGCCCUGGAGUGUGGGCUCAGUCUUCAUGAAAUGAGAAAUGGAAUUCCUUUGCUAGUGUCUCAUGAUGUAAGCCCUGGAGUGUGGGCUCAGUCUUCAUGAAAUGAGAAUUGGAAUUCCUUUGCUAGUGUCUCAUGAUGUCAGCUCUGGAGUGUGGGCUCAGUCUUCAUGAAAUGAGAAAUGGAAUUCCUUUGCUAGUGUCUCAUGAUGUAAGCCCUGGAGUGUGGGCUCAGUCUUCAUGAAAUGAGAAAUGGAAUUCCUUUGCUAGUGUCUCAUGAUGUAAGCCCUGGAGUGUGGGCUCAGUCUUCAUGAAAUGAGAAAUGGAAUUCCUUUGCUAGUGUCUCAUGAUGUAAGCCCUGGAGUGUGGGCUCAUUCUUCAUGAAAUGAGAAAUGGAGUUCCUUUGCUAGUGUCUCAUGAUGUAAGCCCUGGAGUGUGGGCUCAGUCUUCAUGAAAUGAGAAAUGGAAUUCCUUUGCUAGUGUCUCAUGAUGUAAGCCCUGGAGUGUGGGCUCAGUCUUCAUGAAAUGAGAAAUGGAAUUCCUUUGCUAGUGUCUCAUGAUGUAAGCCCUGGAGUGUGGGCUCAGUCUUCAUGAAAUGAGAAAUGGAAUUCCUUUGCUAGUGUCUCAUGAUGUAAGCCCUGGAGUGUGGGCUCAGUCUUCAUGAAAUGAGAAAUGGAAUUCCUUUGCUAGUGUCUCAUGAUGUAAGCCCUGGAGUGUGGGCUCAGUCUUCAUGAAAUGAGAAAUGGAAUUCCUUUGCUAGUGUCUCAUGAUGUAACCCUGGAGUGUGGGCUCAGUCUUCAUGAAAUGAGAAAUGGAAUUCCUUUGCUAGUGUCUCAUGAUGUCAGCCCUGGAGUGUGGGCUCAGUCUUCAUGAAAUGAGAAAUGGAAUUCCUUUGCUAGUGUCUCAUGAUGUAAGCCCUGGAGUGUGGGCUCAGUCUUCAUGAAAUGAGAAAUGGAAUUCCUUUGCUAGUGUAUCAUGAUGUAAGCCCUGGAGUGUGGGCUCAGUCUUCAUGAAAUGAGAAAUGGAAUUCCUUUGCUAGUGUCUCAUGAUGUAAGCCCUGGAGUGUGGGCUCAGUCUUCAUGAAAUGAGAAAUGGAAUUCCUUUGCUAGUGUCUCAUGAUGUAAGCCCUGGAGUGUGGGCUCAGUCUUCUCUGUUGCCUGCUUGUUCUCAGUGUGUGAGUUCAGCUGCAUUUCCAGUGUCCUGAGCUGGGCUUUGAACCCACUGGAGAUGCAGCUGAGAACAAACCAGACCCACGACUCAGGGAUUUUGUUUUAGGUCAAAUAACAAGAUAAGAAACCUUAUACGCAGAACUCUGUUUUAUUGAUGUUUUUUCUAUGAAGGUAUUACUUCGAAUCUCUUUGCAUUGCGUUGCGGUUUUGACACUGUCACAUUUCAUAUUAAAAAUCACAGCUAAGUCUGUUAGAAAUAGACUACAGAUAUGACCGGAGGUUUUGCCUCACUCUAUAGAAUGAACUAAUUUUGCUUCAUAAAGUCAAAUGAAACCUGCUGAAUAAUGUUAACAUAUUGAAUCACACACCGCUUUGUAGUUAUCCAUAUACUUAAUGAAAAACUGACAAAUGAAAAACGUGACAUUUUGGAAUCUAACAUGAAAUGCAGUGCUAGUAUUUUGGCUUCCACUAGAGUUUUGUUAUAUAGUUUUGUAGUUUCUUUGAUUACAUGAUGUUAAAUAAAAUAUCUAAACUAUGUCCAUAUGUUUUGUUUUAAUGCAUUUGAGUUGAGAAUCCUAAACUUUUACGUUUUAACUACGGCUAUGAACAAAAGUUUUGCAUCACCCGAUAAGAUGAAAUAAUUUUGCUUCAUAGUUGAAUGAAAGCUGCUGAAUAAUGUUACAUUAACAUAUUAAAUGACACACUGCUUUGUGUCUGUAUGCUUAAAAAAGCCGAGAAAUAGAAAUCUAACAUGGAAUACUGUACAAUGAUGGCUUCCAGGAGACUUGCGAUCUCAUUGUGUAGAUCAGAGGUUCCCAAACUUUUGAUUGCCCCGUACCCCCUUCCAGACCUAUCACCUGUCUGCGUACCCCUAGCAUACAGAUUUAUAUUUUCAUGUUGUUUUUAAUAUAUCCUUUCAUAAUACACAGAUUUAUACACAUACACAAUAAUAUACUUACAAUAUAAAUGACUAUAAUAAUAUAAUUACGGCUUCUGAUUUUAGGGUUUAACCGAUAAAACACCCCUGAUAC